UUUACGUUAUUGAGUUGUGUGUUCAUAGCUAUAUAGAAAAUUAUGAGCAGUGUUAUAUUUGUACUAAAUAAGCGUUUUCCAUCGAGAUUAAUACAGAUAUAUAUAUAUAGAUAGUAAUGUAUAAUAUGCCUGCUGGAGAUUAGAUAACGCACUGAUACCGAGGGGAUUGUGAGAAUAGCAAUGCUAGUAUUCUCAAUCGUAGGUACCAUAAGCAUUCGGUAUGCAAGAAAUGAAUAAUACUACCACGGCACGGCCGCCGGUACGACCAACGCUGACUGACCACAGUUCACGACUUGAUAAUGUAUUAGCCACACAACCGGAAGCGGGACCUGUUAUUCCUGAUGGCGGAUAUGGCUGGAUUAUUCUCAUUGCGUCAUUUUAUAUUAAGAAUAUUCUCUCCGGGUUGACCAUAACAUAUGGAUUGUUGUUAAUGGUGGCAACCCUUGAAAGCGGUAAAAUGAGCAAUUAUUCUCUUUGGAGCAAUCACAUCGUCAGCACUCCCUUGUUAUUCAUUGCAGUGCAAUCAUUAUCAGAUCCCAUCUGCCACUUAAUAAUCAAAAACAGUAAAUGGCCGCGUUUUGUAGCUCUGGUCGGCAUUUGUUUGAUUUGUGCAAGCAUCCUGAUGCUGUGGCUAUCAGUGGUUGAUGGUUUUGCUAGAACUACAUUAUGCGUUUCAAGUGGAAUCUUUGCAGGCUUCGGUUCUUCACUAGUUUUCAUUCAAAUCGAUGUAUCGAUAGCGCAGUACUUUAGACUGAAAUUGUCGGCUGUGCAGACAAUUCUUCGCCUGGCUGAGUAUACUGGCGUUAUUUAUACAAGUCUAGUCAUGGGAAAAUAUUUGAAUAUGUACGGAAUCGGACAUUCGAUAAUUUGGUAUCACUUGGUUGUGCUUACCAGUGGAAUGGUAGUGUUAGUUUUCAAGAAACCUGAUUAUCUGAAGUCUCGACAGGUGUAUCGGAUAGUUGCGCCGGGAAAACCUGAAGAAGACGAUGAAGAUGAUAUCUUCUCAAAAAAUCGAAUCACCGAACUGCAAUCACCUCACACAUCUCUACCACCAGUUAUAGAAGAAGAGGAGCCAUCAACAGCCACUACAACAACCACAGUUGUGAUUGAAAACCAACGCAAAAAUUGGGAAACUUUCGAUGACGAAAAGGAAACAGGUACCAAUAACCAGCACCAGGAAGAUAAUGAUGAAGACUACAAUGCAGAACUUCCAACACCUAGAGAGCUGUUCACUGAAGGGCAAAUCAAUCACAAUGUCACAUACUCUUUCGAGAAUGUUGAUCAUUCGCUAGGAGCACGUGCCAACAGUGACGAGUUGACAAACAUUUUCCUUCCCGUUUCAAAAGGCGGCGUAUCACACGCAUAUCUUUAUAGUUUAUCCUUCUAUAACAAUUGCCUCCUGCAGGUUUCCAUCACUGCUGGCACAUUCGUUUUUUUCACUCUGUUUCCAUCCUACCUUUAUUAUAGCGUUAGUUUUCUGCACACACAGAGUAUUAGUCAUAUUGUAAGCAUUAUCUUCAUGGCUUCGUUAGUAGAGGCGUGCUUUAUUGGAUGUUGGAAAUUUUCUAAAAAUAAUCGAAAGUUUCCGAUUGCGCUCUUGCUAUGGUUGAGUGCUAUUGGUAAUUUUUUGAUUUCUGAUUGGAAAAAGGAAAUGCUAAUCGUAAUCGGAGGGAUAUUAAUCACAACAUCCACGUGUGCGUUGCAAUUCCUCAUCAAGUCAGUUGUAAUUAAUUCAAAAAGUACUAAGAUUGAAUACGCAGCUUUAAGAAUUUUUUCAGCAAUAAGUUUUCUGUUAUUCUUCGCAAUAAACCCAACAUACGAAAACUGUUUCCGGUUAGUUGGGCUGUUGCAAUUUUCGGCUGGAUCAAUAAACUUCUGCAACUUUGUUUACAACAAAAUAUCCAGAGUAUACUAAUUGAAACAUUAUUUUUUACGAAUAGAUAUAAUUUAUUUAAAUUUUAAAUUAAAUUAAA